AUGCAGGGGCUCCUUGAGGCUCAGACCCAGAAGAGAAACAAAAACAGACAACAGAGUCCAAGUUCAAGCUGCAGUGGAAGCCAAAGCUGGAGCCGCAGUCGAAGCCAGAGCCAAAGCUGCAGCCACACCCAAAGCCAAAGCCAAAGCUGGAGCCUCAGUCCAAGUGCCAGUCCGAGCCUUAGUCCACCCGGGACUCCUAACAAGAUAGCACACUCACGUAAUCAUCACUCCUCAUCCCAUGCCCAACCCCACACUCACUCCCACUAUUCCCGUCAUUUCAACUGUCAUCACUCCAACAGAUGUCCUAAAAGAAGGAAGGUAACAGGGGUAGCAAAAAGAAAGGCCAAGAAAGGCGGGUCACCAUACAGAAGGAAAAAACGAGCAGAGAGAAGAGCUCCAGCCCCGAAGAGAAAGAUCCCAGUUCUGUGGAGCAGAGCAAGCAGCUGCCACAGAGACAGAGCCAGGCUCUGGGACAGCCACACAGCCUGCAGCCUGAAGACCAGCAGGGACAGCUCCAGGGAGAGCCCCUCAGAGGAGACGCCUUUCUGUGGCGGAGAGCAGAGAUUCCCGGGAAGGAGAGAGGUGGUGACACUCGGUGGGCAGCACAGACCAAUGGAGAGGCCCUCAGAAGCCUCCCAGAGUCGGGGCAGCACCUGGAAGGGGCUCCUGAUCAUCACAGCCUCCAUCCUCAGCUGCUGGAUCCAGCCAACGUCUGCUGAUGAUUUCACUGUUGGUACCAGACCUCCCUAUGGGAUAGAAGGUGACAAUAUCACCCUGAUUAUCCAGGGGUACACAGGGACGGUUGAAUCCUAUAAAUGGCACUAUAAGCCAUCAACACAGGAUCGCUACAAGAAUUAUUUAAUCUCAUACUUUGGCAGUAGUGCUCUUGAAAAUGGGUGA